AGAGUAGAGAUCGCGAGAAAGAAGAAAAACGUGUAUAAAAGAAAAAAAGAAAACACGACGUCGGGAGCGACGUCGGCGAGGAUAAGUAAGAAGGUUAGUCGUAUCACAACGGAGACUCGAUCGAGAGUACAGCCGCUGGAACGUGCUGCCUGGUGGAACUUGGAGGGCAAGAUUCUACGGAGGGUCGGACUACGCUCGGCCGCUCGUGGCGGCGGCGUCCUCCUUUACCCUCCUCCGGGUCAGCAACACCAGCAGCAGCAACAUCAUCAUCAUCAUCAUCAUCAUCAUCAUCAACAGCAACAGCAACAGCAAUUGCAACAGCAGCAACAUCACCACCAUCAACAACAACAACAGCAACACCAGCAUCAACAUCAACAACAACAUCAUUAUUAUCAACGUAAAGCAGCAGCGACGGCAGCAGCAGCAGCAGCAGCGGCAGCAGCAGCGGCAGCAGCAACAGCGUCUUGGCUCGGCGAGGUGAUCGACGUAGACGAGACACGUUCCUCCAUCACCACGUAUUUUCAUUCGUAUCCGUUUGUCCCGGGUGGUGCGGUGCCCCUGCCCCCGCCCCUGAUCAACAGCAUAAACAACGCGGCGGCAGCAGCGGUCACCCCGGGACUCGUAGGACACCUAUUCGCUGCGGGACAACAGACUUGCAAUAUCGCUUGUACUUGCAAUCGUAGUAUCGUUGCCAAUUGCAAUCCUCAUCAUCAGCAACAACAGCAGCAGCAUCAUCAUCAUCAACAUCAUCAGCAUCAUCAACAACAGCAACAACAACAGCAACAGCACCAACAGCAGCAGCAACAGCAUCAUCAUCAUCAACAGCAACAACAUCACCACCACCACCAUCAACAGCAACAACAUCAUCACCAGCAUCAUCACCAUCAUCAACAGCAACAGCAUCAUCGUAAUCUCGCCACCACGGCUGCCGUUCUUCUGCAGCCGAUCGAGCACAUCAAGGACACCAUGGUGAGUGUCCCGGAAUUCCAGUACGCUCGAGGGACGAGCGCGUCCCUGAUGAUGAGGGGUAGCGACGAGCUUCUGUCGCAAAGCGGAGCAGUCAGCAAUGGUGCUGCAAUGAGUCCUCAGCCUCAUCACGCGGCUGAUAACAACAAUGACGCCAAAAAGGUCAAACUCGACAAGAGCCACAACGGCAAACCUUCGAAGGUCGUUCACAUCAGAAAUAUACCGAACGAGGUAUCCGAGGCUGAAAUCAUUCAUUUGGGUUUACCCUUCGGUCGCGUCACCAAUGUACUCGUUCUCAAAGGCAAAAAUCAGGCAUUCCUUGAAAUGGCUGACGAAAGUGCAGCUGCAACGAUGGUGACAUAUUAUGCCUCGUGCAUAGCACAACUUAGAGGCAGAGCCGUUUACGUGCAGUUCAGCAAUCAUCGUGAAUUAAAAACGGAUCAGGCACACAGUAACAACGCGGUCAGUAGCCCUACAAAUGAUGAAGCCAACACUUCUAAAAAUUCGAACAAUCAAGUUGCUAUACCAGGACAAAAUCAAGUUUCCUCGCAAGCUGAAACACAGGGUGGACCGAAUACAGUUCUGAGAGUUAUCGUCGAACACAUGAUCUAUCCAAUUUCCCUCGACAUAUUAUAUCAGAUAUUCACACGUUUCGGAAAGGUCUUGAAGAUCGUCACCUUCACGAAGAACAGUUCCUUCCAGGCUCUAAUACAGUAUGCGGACAUGGUCUCUGCACAAACCGCUAAAUUCUCACUUGACGGACAAAAUAUAUAUAAUUCCUGCUGCACGUUACGCAUCGACUACAGCAAGAUGCAAAAUCUUAACGUGAAAUACAACAACGAUAAGUCGAGAGAUUACACAAAUCCAAACCUUCCUACUGGAGAUGCGAAUAUCGAUGCUGCAUCCUUGGCCUUGGGCGGUGAAUUAUUGCCGCAAAUACUGAUGGGUGCUGGAUCACAACCACGUGCUAGAAUACCCGUAGAGUCUAUUGCAGGAGCACCGGGUGUUUUGCCAACGCCCUUUGCGGCUAUGCACGGCCUACCAUCGCCCUUGGCAGGCCCUUAUAACGGGGUCCCACCGACCGGAGGUCUCGGAGGUCUUGGUGGUUUUCCUCUUGGAGCUGGUGCUCUUGGGGUACGCGUGCCAGGAGGUGGACAAUCCUCAGCAGUAUUGCUCGUUAGCAAUCUCAACGAGGAGAUGGUCACGCCUGACGCUCUCUUUACCCUGUUUGGUGUUUACGGGGAUGUACAGCGUGUGAAGAUUCUCUACAACAAAAAGGACUCGGCACUGAUUCAAAUGGCCGAACCUCAUCAAGCACAUUUAGCAAUCACUCAUAUGGACAAGUUAAGAGUAUUUGGCAAGCAAAUCAAAGUUGUACUCAGCAAACAUCAAACAGUUCAAUUACCGAAGGAAGGUCAACCGGAUGCAGGUCUCACCAAGGAUUAUACGAGCAGUCCUCUUCAUCGAUUCAAAAAGCCUGGCUCGAAGAAUUAUCAAAAUAUUUAUCCACCGAGUUCGACUUUGCAUUUAUCAA